GCGGGCGAUGAUCGAGCAGAACUAAGAGGAGUUCUGAGAUUCCUUUUCAGGGAGGUGGGGGGUUCCUGCAUGGCUUUGGAGGAAAUCUGGAAGCCAUAAACUUCCAAGACAAGAAGUAAACGUCACAACGGCUGGAUUUGGUUGGCUGUUCCUCCAGCCUUUCUCUCCGCCUGGCCGCUUUGAUGGGACCAGCCAUUGGGUGAACGUUCCUCCUGCUGUCUUCAGCUCAGCUGUCCAAGAAAAGCACCAAGAACCAAUGGGAGGAGUAGGUGGGAGGGCAGCAGAAUGCUCCACAGUCGCCUCCCUUUUAAAAGUCUAUGUAGCUGUUCUUUCACAUGCGUUUCCUGGAGCAUAAAUACAACGAGGCUUGAAUGGAUUUUUCAAAUGUGAGGAUGGAGAAGCAGAACCUGAAGACUUCAUCUGGUUGUUUGGAUGCAACACACUGAAGGCUAGAUGGAGAAGAAGAGAAGAGCGUCCUGAAGACGAACAGGACAGGAGAUUGGAGGACUUCAGAAAGAAGUGGAAGCGAAGAAUAUUGUGUCAAAGUAUGAGAAAGGAGCAGGCAUCUCGCACUGAGCACCCUGAGGAAAGGGUGGCUGUCAGUGAAGGGAAACCUUUUUCUAACACCUGUCCCGUUGUCGUAGCAACCCCGGGGCUCACUGGACGUAAACGUCAGAUGGACUCAGAGGAUCACCUCACAACCUCUUCAGCUGACGACCAGCUCAAAGACUCAGAGGAUUUUCAGACCUACAGCCCAUCUGCUCCAAAACGGCUCAAAAGAAGCCCUCAGCAUCCAUCCCCGUCGCCCGUUCCCGCCAACAGUCCCGGAGGACUCUUGGCCCUGGAGGACCCACACGCUCAGCGGGUCAUCGCCAACAUCCGGGAGCGCCAGCGGACGCAGUCUCUCAACGAGGCCUUUGCCUCGUUACGGAAAAUCAUCCCAACGCUGCCGUCCGACAAACUGAGCAAAAUCCAGACCCUCAAGCUGGCGUCUCGUUACAUCGACUUCCUGUACCAAGUUCUGCAGAGCGACCAGAUGGACUCCAAGCUUGCUGGGUGUAACUACCUGGCCCACGAGAGGCUGAGCUACGCCUUCUCUGUGUGGAGGAUGGAGGGAGCCUGGUCCAGCAUGUCUGCCGGGCAUUAGCCCACACGUUGGAGCCUUUCCAAGCUGCAGUACUAGGAGACACACCACUGGAUUGUUAGUAUCCACGGGCUGCAGAUGUAGAACAAUUGGACCUUUGGGGGUUCUGUACCCCCAGCAGUUGGUUUCAUCAUAUUGGUAUGUCAGAGUGGAAACGAUGAUGAUGGUUGAUCGGCAGAAGGCUUUUCACUGGUUUCAUCUUCAUGUCUGAUUAUGUCACUGCAGAGUAUGCACACUAGGGCUGCCACGAUUAGUCAACUGAUUGAAGAUUAAAACAGUCGACAACUAAUUUAAUAGUUG